CUUUUUCAUACUGUACCGGCCUGCCAAUUUUAUAUUUAAUUAAUUGCCUGUUCGAAAAUUUCUAUCUACCCACCUCUGACUGUUGUCGUUUUUUGUUUUUCUUUGCUGUAUAUCCACAUUUCAUCUUGGUGCAGCCCCAACAAAAAACGUUAUUUCUUCCCUCCUGGACAUAUUAUCGUACUGUGUGCUACUCCUUGCAUCUCUCUUCUCCUCAACGAAAGUUACGCUCAGUAUUCUCUUCCACUGAUGACUGCCGCUAAAAGGCGCGCAAGCAGCGGCGCGACAAAUAACAACAACAUCAGCAACAAUGAUACGGAUGAAUAUCAACAACAGCAACAGCAUCUCUUACAACACCCACAGCAACAAUAUCAUAGUACACAACAGCGUUAUCACUUUCAACAACAACAGCAGCAGCAACAACAACAACCACAACAACAGUUGCAUCAUCAACAACAACACAAUUAUCAACAACAGUAUUCACAGCAUUCACCAUCAUAUUUACAAUAUCAACAAGAAAGCCAUCGAUCGUUUCAACAACAACAACAGGAACAACACCAUCAGCAUCAACAACAGCCACACCAGCGUCAGCAACAACAGCAGCAGUCAUCGCUACGUGAUUGCGCGGUGAAAUUGCCUUUAGAUAUUUUAUGGUUACCAAAAUCAGCAAUGCGGCCAGUGGGGCCUGAUGCCUCGCACACCGACUGUAUACUGGUUGUUGGUGUCUCCCGUCCGAAAUUAGCUGUAGUUUUUCUAACAAUUAUGUUAAUCUCAUUAUUCCUCACCUUUCAUGUGCUCUACGAUAGCGCCGUAUAUAAUAUACAAGCCGCACAGGCCAUAACCGAACGUCAUCGAUUGCGUCUGCUGAGUAGCGCCAACGGUGGUAGUGGUGUUGUUGGUGUUGGCAGUGUCACUAGUAAUAUGAAUAGCAAUCAUUUACCGGAAUUCAUUAAACCUGCCGCUGCAGCGUUGGCCGCAAUACCCUCCUCGAAUCAGAUAAGUCAUCCAAUGGUGUUUCCUUCGAAUCGUGUGCAUUUCCCUAAAACGAGUCGACGUUUGCCGCAGGCCCUCAUCAUCGGUGUACGAAAAUGUGGCACUCGUGCUCUCCUGGAAAUGCUCUAUCUCCAUCCUCGUAUACAAAAAGCUGGCGGUGAAGUACACUUUUUCGAUCGUGAUGAGAACUAUAUGAAGGGUCUGGAGUGGUACCGAAAGAAAAUGCCGCAUUCUUUUCGUGGACAAAUCACGAUUGAGAAGAGUCCGAGCUACUUUGUGUCACCGGAGGUGCCGGAACGUGUGCGCGCCAUGAAUGCCAGCAUAAAACUUUUGCUCAUUGUACGUGAACCGGUCACCAGAGCCAUUUCUGAUUAUACACAAUUACGAAGUCAUGCAGCAACGGCCACGCUGCCGCUAGCCGAUGGCCCAGCACCAGCUACACCAGCACCCGCUAAAUAUAUCGCCAGCACUUAUCAGAGACGACAAGCACGGUCAAUUGAUGUGGCGGGUUCUGGUUAUGGACCCGGUUCGGGUUAUGCGAGCCAACAGCAACAUCUGCGUAUGUCACAAAAUGUGGCGUUGUAUAGUAAAGCGAGUCGAUCCUAUGCCCAGGCGAAAGUGUAUGAUAAUGCAAUCGGCGGUGGUGGAGGAAGCAGUACUCGUUUGGGUGAUUCCACCUAUACAACGGCGCCAACGCCAGGUUCGGCAGCCGCCGCUGCAGCUGCAGCAGCUCAAAUAGCAAGCAAAUCAUUCGAGGAGUUAGCCAUAUUCCCCAAUGGCACGGUUAAUGAGUCCUAUCGUCCACUAACCAUAUCUCUAUAUCAUUUGCAUUUGCAUCGUUGGUUGGAAGUCUUCCCGCGUGAGCAAUUACUCGUUGUCAACGGUGAUCGAUUAAUUGAGGACCCCGUUUCGCAAUUGAAGCGCAUCGAAACGUUCUUAGGCACUGAGCAUCGUGUGACCAACAGUCAUUUUUACUUCAACGAGACAAAGGGCUUCUACUGCUUACGCUACGACAAUGGCGACCGUUGCUUGCGCGAGACGAAAGGAAGAAAGCAUCCGCAUGUUGAUCCUGUGGUCGUGUCCAAAUUGCGAAAAUUCUUUGCCGAACAUAAUCAACGAUUCUAUGAAUUGGUUGGUGAGGAUCUUGGCUGGCCGGAGGAGUAAGUGGGCGAUGACGGUGGUGUUGGCGGUAAAGGAGUACGAAAAUGAAAAGAACGCAUGUGUUAGCAGGUGUGUAUGUGUGUGUGUGUGUGUGCGUGAAAGUGUAGCAAUUGCCGGACAAUUGUUUUAAGCUGUCAUGCAUACACUCUCAUGCACCUGUGCGUUUGUACAAAAUCGCCCCCAACAACAAGCCGUAGAAGAAGCGUUGGAGUAGCGGUUUUUUUGGUAACCAAUAGUCGGUAGCUGUAAUUGAGAAUUAAGGACUGAAGGGAAAACAAAUAUAUGUUGAACAUUAAUGGUUAAUACAAUUAUAAUUUCAGUUCGCACAGGUAUGUACUAUGUAUAAGUGUCUAUAUUUAAGUCAUUUGCGCGAAGUUGUGGUGCACAUAAAGCAAACUACUUAUGUAGAUAUGUAUGUACGAGUAUAUGAGUAUAAAUACUCGUACAAAC